AUGGGAACAUUAUAUGAGUGUCUUAGAGAGGCCAGACUAGAACAGUUCUACCCAGCAUUUAGAGCAAAUGGCAUCACCAGAUCGGAGGCACUUAUCAACUUGGGAAUGCCAGAGUUUUUUGCAUUAGGCAUUACAAGUAGCGAAGACAAACGACGUCUUAUUGAACUGGUGAAUAUUAUUAAAUCAGUGCACAGACAACGGCAGCCACAUUCUUCAAACACUAAUUUUACAAAUAGUUCUUAUGAGAAUAGUCCAACUUCUGGAAGAGCAACACAAAAUGUCAGAAGUCAACGUAGUCCCAACAGCAGAGGAAGUGCUAAUCGUGAGGUCGGUACUUUCAGUGUUCCACAGUUAGACCCAUCCAGGGAUGUAAGCCUACAAGAGAGAGUUCCAAACUAUUCCCUGGCCACAUAUAUGAACUUGCUGCGACAGAUUUCAGAGAGCAGUGAAUCCGAUGCCGCAGCAGGCGAUCACUCUGACCAGGAACAGGCUGCAGCUCAGUCGGCCUACAGAAGCACUACGUCACCCUCGACUGUACGAAAUUCUGCUUCACGAGGGGCAGCCAUCGAGCGAAUUCAUCAUUCAAAAAGGAAUUCUUACAACUAUGGAGUUCAUAAAGUCAGUUCAUCAGGGAAAGCCACGUAUAACACGAUCAAGGUUUGUGUCCGGAAAAGGCCUUUGACAAGAAGGGAGUUGAGAGCAAAGGAAGAAGAUAUUGUUCACACUGAAAGUACAAAUACUUUAAUUGUCAAUGAGCCAAAGCUGGCUGUGGAUCUAAAGGCGUACACGCUGCAGCAUGAGUUUAUCUUCGAUGAGGUGUUUGAUGAGAAGUGUACCAAUGAAGAUGUCUACCUCAGAGCUGCAAGACCCCUCAUCAGCUGUAUAUUUAAUGGGGGAACUGCCACAUGUUUUGCAUAUGGCCAAACUGGAGCUGGUAAAACACAUACAAUGCUAGGAGGGGAAAAUGUGCCAGGACUUUACUUAUUGGCAGGUCAAGAUAUUUUUUCAAUAAUCCAAGCAGGCACAUAUGGAAGAGGUCUGCACGUGUGGGUCAGCUUUUUUGAAAUUUACUGUGGUCAGCUUUUUGAUCUACUCAAUAGGAGAAAUAGACUUCAAGCUCGGGAAGAUGGAAGCAGACAAGUUUGCAUUGCUGGCCUGACAGAAACGGAGGCCACAAGUGUCAACUCUCUAGUACAGAUUCUGCAGUAUGGGAAUUCUGUUCGUAGCAAAGGUGCUUCUGGAGUAAAUCCGGAUUCAUCCAGAUCUCAUGCCAUUUUACAGUUAGACAUCCGAAACAGUGAAGAUGUCAAAGUUGGAAAGAUUUCUUUCAUUGAUUUAGCUGGUAGUGAGAGAGCCUCUGAUGUGACAGACACAGAUAAACAAACACGGAUUGAGGGUGCAGAGAUUAACCAGAGUCUGCUAGCUCUAAAAGAAUGCAUAAGAUCAAUUGAUCAGGACAGCAGACAUACACCAUUUCGUCAGAGUAAGCUGACCCAUAUAUUGAAAGAUUCAUUUGUGGGCAACUCUCGCACCUGUAUGAUUGCCAACAUUUCACCUACUCAGCCAGCUUGUGAAAAUACCUUGAACACCUUGCGUUAUGCUGACAGAGUGAAAGAGCUACGAAGAGAUUCCUCUAAAAGCAGCUCAGUUGGUCAGGCAAUGAAUCUUCUGAUGAAUAUUCCACCCACAGCGCCCUCUAUUUUCCAUCCAUCAAAUAUUUUAUCUAGCUCAACUCCUGUGAGAGUUUCCUCUCAUCCUCGGAGAGAAAGAUCCCAGACUCCUGUGGAUUUACACUUAGACCCAGCAGAGACUCCUCUAAGAGGUCAUAAUUUGCAAAGAAAACAAAAAGAGAAAACUCAGCACGGACAGCCUCUAGUACAUGCUGCAACUGGUCAGUCAAGAACAGACUGUAUGAACUUGAUUUCCUCUGUCCCUCAAAUUCCACCAGCAAUAUUUUCACGGUCAUCCGCACAUGCAACAGCUGCUUCUCAGGGUUCCUCUGCUCCCCCUCCAGAUGCAUCUCCUAGUGAAUCAGAUCAGACAGACACAGACUCCUGCAAUGUGACACACCCAGUUUCAACAGUUGCAAGAACUUCAAACAGGUUCAUACCAGUUACACGAUCAACAGACACAGAAUUUGACUUUCCUACUUCAGAUUUUAAUAACAUUGAAAACAUAAAUGAUCUCAACCGUGCAACAUUUCAAGAGGCACAACCAAUACCUGGGGAUAAAAGUCCUCAUAUUCUUAGUCAAAUUCCAACAGUGGAUUCAGCUGUGUCUGCUGCUGCUGCUGCUGCUGCUGCAGAAGUACCUGCAACUCCCACUCUUUCUUCAAACAUAAAACCUCCAGUGUUGAGACCAGUUGUGUACAGAUCUAUGGACUCCAGCACAGAAAUUGCUAGUGCAGAACUGUUUUUACACACACCCCAGAUAGCAGGAUUUGCUAAGAAGAUUCAUUCGCCUUCGCUGGUCUCUCCACAGAUGUCUAGACACACACCAAACUUCAAGAAGUCUCAGCCUGAAGACCUAGACACCAGUAAUGAUAGUAUUGAUGAAGAUGAACUAUUCUGUGAGGGACUAGAUGCUCAGACUGCAGCACAAGGGAUGAACAAUCUGGGUGCUCCUUCAGCUGUGUCUGUCUUGGCCACAUCAAGGACAGUUUCAGCCUCAGUCAUUACCAAGAAUGCCUCCGUUCCUUUAACACUUGAUGAGGGUGAUGUUGCAGUCCUAAGUCAGGAGCAUUACACAAAGCUCACUGAAAAUUCCACUAAAUCUGAGAUCGGAAUUAAUAAACAAGUCAGCAGCAUUUCUCUGUACCCAGUAGGUGCUCCCACACAACUUGAACAAUUGUCACAUAAAACGCAGUCAGAUUCCUCACAGAAAAAUCAAUUACCCCAACCAAAGAUGACAGUUUCGCCCACUCCCAGACAGUACCCCAUGCAAGGAGACAAGCCUGCUAAUGAAGAUACUGAUUCAGUUCUCAGCUAUGCUUCUCAGCACCAGCCUCUGUCUCGUCAACUACCACAGCAGCGUGGGCAUUCCCCAUCUUCUGACCACAGCUCAUCUUUUCCGGUGAAGCAAAAAAAUGCCUCAUGUUACAAAUGCAAUGAAGACUCCAUCCAUGGUUCAAACAUCCAGUAUCACUCUGAUGGCUCUGACUGUGGGUCGCACCAAAAGACAUCACCUUCUCCAACAGGUGAAGCUAGUGGUGACUCCAUGGACAGCAUCAGAGCAUCUUUUUCUGAUCAAGGACAGGGAGAGCAUAGACACCACAGUAAAACUAGCAUGAGGAAAGGAAGAAAUGUUAAUGGUUGUUCUAAGAAAGAAAUGAAAUUUUUUUUUAUUAUGCUUACCCACUCUUGUGUUCACAGGUCAGCCAUUGUCACAGAAAAGCUGUCAUCUGGUGCUGUCUUCUCCCCCAUACACCCCCCUCCGGCAACAAAUGUUCAAAGUAGGUCAAGUGUGGGUUGUCCUACUUCAUCAUUAGAACUCAUCCAGCCAACUCCAGUCACUGCAGUUUUUACCCAGAACCUUGGAACAAUUGUUGGAGCACAAAGUGUGGGAGCAGAGGCAAUGAACUCAACUCAGUUUGAAGAGAAAAUGCAACUUGUAGCUGCCCAUGAAGACCAGCUGGCAACUGUCACAUCACUAUGUAAAUAUGAAAUGCGUUUACUUCUCAAUGCUAAAAAAGUCAUGGGAAAAAGGGGCUUUGAUGACUAUCUGCGUCCGUGUCAGUGA